AUGUCCGUCGACCUCGAGCCCGGUGAUCUCGGUUUCCGCCGUCCCUUUAAUCGUGAAGUAAGCGAGGUGCUACACAUUCGCAACCCGCAAAGCGAUCCAAUCGCAUUCAAAGUCAAAACAACCGCUCCCAAACAUUAUUGUGUUCGUCCCAACUCUGGCCGCGUAGAACCCGGGAAACAUGUCGAAGUGCAAGUCUUGCUGCAGGCGAUGAAGGAGGAUCCUCCGGCAGAUGCGAAAUGCAAAGAUAAAUUCCUAGUUCAGUCGGUUGCUAUUACUGGAGAUUUGGAAUUUUCCAAUGUCACAUCGAUCUUUGAAAAAGCACCCAAGUCAGCAAUCCAAGAACGAAAGAUUCGGGUCACAUAUCUCCCUGCGGCGGGUAUUUCUAACGAACCAGCCCACACCGACGAAGAGCCUCCCGCAUACGGCUCGCCAGGCAGCGCCUUCGAAACCCCUGCACCAACUGCCAAAAAGAUUGUCGAUGCUUCCUCCCCCAUCUCAGCGCCCAACUUUGAAAAAACCCCCAAGCCAGAAACACCAGAAAUAUCAAAGGAAGGCGAAUCAUCCCCCUUCGAAAGCACGCCAUCUGCCGCCGCCAACGCUACAGCUCCGGCAGAACCCAAAUCCGAUUUCACUGAUAACGCAAAGGAGCAAUUGUCAGAUGCCCUAGCGCAGAUUCAAAGACUAAAAGCCCAACUCACCGAGCAAGGAGAGGGACUUCGUCAGCGGAAAGUUGACGAAGACUCUUCUAUCAGCAAGGCCGGCAACACGCUACAACAACAGAUUGCUCAACCAGCAGCGGAGUUGGGUGUACCAGUUCAGAUUGUUGCGGCAUUGUGCUUACUGAGCUUUUUACUUGCUUAUUUCUUCUUCUAA